GGUGGACCUGGUAAAAUAGACUCAGCGUGAGAGAUAUAUGGUCCGUAUGUUCAACUACAUAUUCUUCAAGGUCGAGGGGAGGUCAAAGGAAGAGUGGAACGCUGACUUCUAUAAGACCAUCUUGGAAAGGUACAGCAAAAACGGCCUCAUUGACGAGAAAUGGACCGAGGAAUGCGACCACAUCCCUGACGAGAAGGCGAGGAAGGUGCCGAGGCGUUUGGGCGGUCCUGAUGAGAUUCAUGGUGGGAACGGUGCGGGGCUGGAGGCAACCCAAACCAUGUACAAGGAAACCCCGUUCCACCUCAAGUGUUUCAUCUACGAGGCGAUCGAUUGCUUAGACGACUUGAGUGCGGAGGUUAAUCGGAUAUCCUCCAAUGCUCGUCACAUCUUUUGGGAAGUGGGAAAAAGGAUUACCACGAUCCUGCCAUAUGAAAUCGAACCGAAGGGAGUGCUCACAUACAACGAGGAGGUUGUUGGUACAGCAAGGGGGAUGGAGAUACGAGCAAUCAUUCUCGAUAUGUCAACAUCACAAAAAUGUAUUAUGUGGGAUGAUGACGCAUUAUCCGAACUGCACGCUUUCUUUACAACAUGUUGUGGCGAAAACUGGGCCUUGAUCAUUUUCGCGCCGAUGAAGCACCAGAAACCGGUGAUGCGGAGUGUGUACAAGUGGGACGAUAGUGAGGUGCUCACUGGGUCAUGGUACAGCCACUACACACCUUCGACAACCGUGGACAAGUACGACAACAUUGCAGUUCGGUAUAUUGAUAUGAUGACUAUUGUCCUCCACGUCGAAAACGGCAAUUUGAACAAUAUAACGGUUGCGCCGAAAUUGCGAGCUGAAUUGACAAAUUUUAACAUUGAAGAGGGUGAGUUUGUGAGCUUAUUCAUCAGGGAGGAUGGCGGCGUGAUGCUGCUGGGCAGGGCGCAUGCGGGACUGAUUUGGAAACUGACUGGCGGCGGAUACCACGUGUUUGCGUGUGACGACACGAUAAAAGAGCUCACAUACCUUUUCAAGUUUUUGGACUUUUAUGUGAAGGAUCCGAGGAACAGAUGCAGGUUCGAAAAACCCCAAGUCGAGCACCGCAAGGACCGGGACAUAUACAAUAAGCUCGGUAGAAAGAGGGAGAAAGUGUGGGCUUACUUGUUUGGUGACGCUCCACAGUCGGCGGUUGAUAACGACUACGUCAUCAGGAAAAACGAACUCGAGAUAGCAAUGAACGAGUACCACGACUCCCACAUGGGUGCUUUCCACAUGUUUGUUGCACGUUGUGAGCAUCUGUAUUUCAAUAUGAAGAAAAGAGCACUGCCAGGCCGGGAUUAUGCAGACUUGGCACGUAAAGCCGACAACUUCAACAACAUCGAUUGCGACGAAGACACGUCAGACUCCGACCUGGACGUCCAGGCGCGCGCGGCACGAGGUGUGGCAGAGGGAGCGCGUGGCGAGGAGCCGCAAGGGAGCACCAACGGACCUGCGCAGAAGGCGAGUUCGAGUAUGGGAGCAACACGUGCGAGUGAGGGAAAUGUGGAAACAAGAAUGACUGGAAGGGCAGAAAGGAAUGGUGUAGCAACAAACCCGGUGGGUGCGAGUGAAGGGAUAGUUAACUCACAAGGCAACACAGGGGGAGAAGAGAAUAGGUGUGCAAUGGCCCCGCCGACAGCUGGGCCAUCAUCGACACAUGCACCACAGGCCGAGCAACAAACACUCACGUCCAUGGACACCGAUGAAGACGAAGAGUUGGAUAUGACAGCACUCACGCCGAAGCUCGUGCCAGGAAGACCGUUGCCUCAAGGUUUUGCCCUAAACCCUUCAGUGCCAUACUUGCUGCAGGACAAGUACAAAGAGUCAUCGGAGGAGGAUUGGGGUCAUCAUAUUCUCUGGCAUGAGGGUGUUUUCGAACCGUGUGUGUUUGCGGGCCAGUGACAGAUGGCUGUGAAGACAAGAGACCAAGGGUGGGUCGCGAAGGAAAAAAAGGACGCUGCGAUACGGCACAGCGUGACAAAAACGCAAAUUUAUCGGCGAGUUUUGAAAGAAAACGCCGGUGCAAGCGAGGAAGCUAUAGCGGCAAAUGCGAAAGCUUUGUUCGAGCAUCUGCAUGCGAACAAAAAGUUAGAAUUCAG